ACCAGGCGAGGUUUCUUAUAACAUCUCUGGACUACCUUGGGUCAGUGGUGUGGUUCCUCUCGUACCGAUAACAAACUUAAUUAAACAAAAUGGCCGAUAAGGAGAAGAAGAUCAAGAAGAAGAAGGCAAAAGAAGAGUCUGGAGAUGCCCCAGCCGCUGAAGCCGCACCAGCUCCAGCUGCAGCCCCCGCCGCCAGCGAACGCCAAUCAUCCAGGGGAUCCCGCAAAGCCGUCAAGCGCAGUGGAUCUAACGUUUUCUCCAUGUUCUCACAAAAGCAGGUAGCUGAAUUCAAAGAAGCCUUCCAACUAAUUGACCACGACAAAGAUGGUAUCAUUGGAAAGAACGAUCUCCGUGCCACUUUCGACGAAUUGGGCCGUUUGGUACAAGAGAAAGAACUCGACGACAUGAUCGGUGAGGCUUCAGGACCAAUCAACUUCACCCAAUUGUUGACCUUGUUCGCCAACCGCAUGUCUGGAUCAGGUGGUACUGAUGAUGAUGAUGUUGUCAUCAACGCCUUCAAGACCUUCGACAACGACGGCAAAAUCGACAGUGACAGGUUACGUCAUGCCCUCAUGACCUGGGGAGAUAAAUUCACUGCCCAAGAAGUUGAUGACGCCUACGACCAAAUGGUCAUUGACGAUAAAGGCUUCAUUGAUACCCAGAAGCUCAUCCAAAUGUUGACUGCCGCUGCCGAAGAAGACGAAGAAGGUGGUGAAUCAUAAGAAAUUGAAAAUAACUUCAUCACAUUAUAACAUCUUAAAACACCUGGUUCACCACAUUUGUGGGGAAUCAUGAUAUAAAAAUUGCAAAACAUACCACUCAUUUAUUGCCAAAACUAUUAAAUUAAAAAGUAAUGAAAAGAUUGCAACAGGCAACAAAAAUUAUUGAAACAUCUGUAACAAUGUAAUAUUUAUUAUUAUAAAUCAAAUUUUUAAGUAUCUAGUUAAGUCAGACAAGCAUCAGCCAAAAUUUAUUUAAAUGUAGAUAUCUUUGCCAUGUAUCUAUUGUUUUUUCUCUUUUGUAACAAAUUAUCAUGAUAUGUAUUGGUAAUAUACUCCAUUUAAAUAAAACAACUUAUU